UAAUAAUCGCAAGUAUACACUUCAAUUGUAAUUGUAAUUUGAACCAGUUUCUACAUUGUUGGAUUAUUCGCUAUUUUCUGUACCCAGUAAUAAACAAACAGAUAAUAAUUUGUGCACGUAGUUCGACACGUCGUCGGAAGAGUGUGCAUGUAUCCUUCGGGAGACCUUUUGAUUAUGGAUAUGGCGGGCAUGACAAAAAUGCUAGCGGGUGCUGCCUUGCUGAUUAGCUUACUAAGCACCAUCUUGUGCUCAGUUUCGGUAACAUGGUACGGCGACGAGAAAAUAUACUGUGUUCUGGUAACCAGUUGUAACGGGGAAACUCACUCUAAGGUUAAGCUAUUGAGAGGAGGUGCUGGACAUACAUUCGUGGACCUGGAGGUACAUUCUAGCCGAGGGUUUCAUUUGUUUCUCAUACCAGACCGGACCUCCAAUUGAACAUAGUAACAGAGCAGGUAUUGGAAGGCUGAGAUGAAGGAAAAUAAAUCACGCAGUUAACAAUGUACAGAGAAGAGUCAGGCCUUGCAUAUGAAAUAGAGGUUUAUUCUAAAUGGAUUGAAA